AUGGCCGAUAAUGACAAAUCAGAAACCUCUGGCGAGCCUCAAGGCCGCCAUGUAACCUACUGCGGUGUCUGCACCCUUCCCCCAGAGUAUUGCGAGUAUGGUGGUACGGUAAAGAAAUGCCAGGACUGGCUUGAAAAGCACCACCCCGACCUAUAUGCCAGAAUCUGGUCACCAGAGGCUUUGGAAGCCGCGACUGCAUCCCUCUCUGUCGACGCCCAAAAGCGAGCUGCCAAAGACGCACAGAAGAAGGCAGCUAAGGCUGAGGCUGCAGAGGCCAAACAAGCCGACAAGCUAGCCAAGAGUGUCGUCACCAUCAAGAGGAUCGAACGCAACAAGAGAAAGUACGUCACGUCUGUCUCCGGUCUGGAGUCGUUCGGCUUGGAGAACAAGAAGGUCGCCAAGGAGUUCGGAAAGAAAUUUGCGACUGGAUCGUCCGUAACCAAGACUCCGAGCGGCGGUGAGGAGAUCGUGGUGCAAGGCGACGUCAGUGACGAAAUUGAGGAGUUUUUGUUGGAGAAGUACAAGGAGAUACCCGAGGAUAACAUUGAGCUGGUGGAGGACAAGAAGAAGAAGGCCAGCGCGCCGGCUUGA